UCCACAGUUCAUCUCUCUAUACGUUCCCAUCACUCUAUAUUAUCGCUGUCGCGCACGUCCCACGUCGCGCGCUGUGUCUAUGUCUUCCCCCACGGGCCGUCUCUCCUCGCAUCGUCGUAGAUCUCACUCCGCUUCCUCCCCCAUACCCCGCCGACAGCCGGACGACGUCAAAUGGCGAAUCUCGGUCAAGCGCUCUCGCCCGAGUUCCAUCCGCAGUCCAUCCUACAAGGACCUUGCGCACGAUCAGCCUACAGAGAAGUGGGAUGUAGACUCAUGGCGAAGAGGGAAGAGGGCCCGCAGAAACAUCAACGCGGAGGGGUCCUCCGAUGAAGGAAGCUGUAGUAACGGCCUGUCCUCCUUGGACGCGACCUCGCCCACACCGCAUCAGUCGCAUGCAUCAUCGCCAAAUUCGUACGGCUUCGCAUGCACCUCCGCUGCGUUCCAAUUCUUCCCACAGAAGCCGAAGCCCCGCAGGCGUGCUUCUGGCCCCGGGCGCGCCCGUCUAUCGCGAGAAGCCUCACCGCGCGCUGAGGGUGACCGGAUAUCUUCGGACGAAGCUCGCCGCCUGCGCGCAUCCGCCCUCAGCGAGCUGCACCGCAGUGUUGCGGAGAGCGGUGAAGGUCUCGUGUACCGCAUGCGCGACUGGGAGCAGUCCCAUCUCAAGGUUCCUCGCGUCCCCGGGUCGCCCUUCGAAACCGAGGCACCCCGGAGGUCGUGGCGGCCGCGCCCCACAUCUUAUUAUGCCGUCCCGCAGGCCGCGACUGCUGAUACGGCGCAAACGGAGGAUGAGGACGACGAUGUCUUGAUCGUCGGAGAGACCUCUCCAGUCGGUAUCGCUCGGAGUCCCGCGCACAAGAAAAGGGCCCUCUCGCUCAGUAUGAUGGACGUCGACCUCCCGGAGGCCCACACCUCGCAUUCUCCUGGUCUUGGCGACAGUGAACGUAGCUCGUCACCCCUGGGUCGCUUCUCUGGUCCUUCGGCCUAUUCGUCCGACGACGAAGAUAUUUUCUCUACGCCUGCCUUGUCGCAUACAUACUCGGCGUCGACCAACUCAUCCCUUGUAUCCCUGCCCCUCCCGCACCAGGCAAACGAGGGCAGCAAUGGGAUUAUUUCUGCAUCUGCAUCGUCGAUCACUAUCGUCCCCGGGAACGCCAGGCCCACUCCACCGCCCACCGCCUCGCGCUCCGAAAAGGCUAUCGCUGCACUAACGCUGGCAAUGGCCAACGGUGCCGCUGGCAUCAGCGAUUAUGAGGUUCUUCGCAUGACCGAGGAACUAGCCACGCUGGACGAGUCCCAUGCCGGCGAGCUCUGGAACUAG